GCGAACGGCGAAAGGGAAACCCUAAUACCCGUCACCAGUCGGUUUGUACCGGCACUUCUCACUCAAAUAUGAACUCAGGACAGCAACUCCGCCAUGGUUCCUGACUCUCUGCAAAUUUGAGGUUUAGGGUUUAAGCAAAAUAAAGAGGAUUUCUAAGAAUUUUGCUGCAGAAACCUCACUAAGUGCUCUUAAACCUUUCUUCAAGUUCUCUCUCUCGGCUGCAAACAUGGCUACUUCAAUCGCUUCUCAGUUGCAGGUAAUCAGAUCCUACAUAAAAGCCGAUGCUGAGCCAACCAAAAGGCCCUUUACUCGACCAUCCAUCAUCUUUAAUCCAAAAGAAGCUGCCGACAUUGAUCUUGAUACUGUUCUCUCCAUUGCCCUCUCAGGUUUGGAGGUUCUCAUCAACACGGAUGAGCGUUUUAGAAGUUAUAAGAACGACCUCUUUAGUCACAAGAGUAGAGAGUUGGAUAGAGAGUUGAUGGGCGUAGAGGAGAACAACCGCAUCAAUUUAUCUAUUAGUUCGUUCCUUAGGUUACUUUCUGGGCAUCUUCAGUUGCAUUCUGCCCUCAAGACGCUCGAAUAUUUGAUUCGCAGAUACAAGGUUCAUGUGUACAACACCGAGGAGCUGAUACUCUGUUCAUUGCCUUACCAUGACACCCACGCUUUUGUUCGGAUUGUGCAGUUAUUGGACUUAGGAAAUAGUAAAUGGAGAUUUCUUGAAGGUGUCAAAACUUCUGGUGCACCGCCACAGAGAAAGGUUGUAGUGCAGCAAUGCAUCCGUGAUAUGGGGGUAUUGGUGGCGAUAUGCAACUAUGCAUUGCCUGUGAAGAAGCAUCAACCUUCAAGACCAGUGGUUGGUUUUUGUACGGCGGUUGUGAUUGAGGUUCUUGGUUCCAUGCAAAUCAUUGAUACUGAUGCAGUCCAGAAAAUCAUUCCUUUUGUUCGUUCUGGCCUUCAACCCGCCAUAAAAUGUGGACCCGAUCACAAGGCUGGGACAUUGAUGAUAGUUGGUUUACUGGCAAGUAAAGCAAUGUUAAGUCCUGAGCUUAUAAAAAAUUUGAUUGUAUCCAUUGCUGUGGUAGCUCGAGAGGAUGCAAAAGAAUCGGCCGACUUGGCAUGGCUUCGUAUGUCUCUCAUGGCUAUAAUCAACAUUGUUCAGUAAGAAGGCCAGCAACAAAUAAUGCCAUCAAAUUGGACCAAGAAUGGAUUAAUAGGCUUAAUUUGAGUGCUCAAUGGGUUGUAUGGCAAUGGGCUUUACUAUUGUCAUGGGAUGAUUCUAUAAGCCCAAAUAUUAUGGAUUUAAGCCAUAUACAGGAUUAAGAAGGUAGUUUUUAUUUUGUAAUAUUCUAGAUUAGCUUUCUAUUUUGAAGAAUACUUGAGUUGUAAAAGAUUAACCACCCUACAGCACAUUGGGGUUUCCUGUUUUGCUGGUUUCCAUGAAGUUAUAAAUGAAGAGUAGAGGAUUAUACCCACUACCAACGAUUUGAGUAAU